AUGGGGUCCAUACCAACUUCGUCGUUAGUCUGGUUAUCCGUGGUCAUGGGUGCGCUCCCGUUUGCGGCCAUUGGUUCUUCUAGUUCUACUAAUGCACAUCCUCCUUCGUCCAGCGAGCCGUCCACUCGCUCACGCAGUAGCACCAAGAUCGUCGACGAUGUAACGAGCCUCACUUCUUUCAAUCCAUUCUCCGAAGAAGAUGAGCACGACCAGUCCUCUUAUGCCCUAGUAACGUCGCUAUUUUCCAAGGUUCGAAACACCCUCGCAGCUCCUCUGCAGUCAGCUGUCACGUCUGGCACUCCUGGGCCCUCCAAUACCGGUUAUGCACAGACAGGGCAAACGGCUGAGCAACGACGCCCCUCCCUAUCGAAUGCGACCUCCAACCAGUCGAACAAGUCCUCGGACCGGAGCAACCGCUUCAAUGUCGCCGCGUCGCGUCCUGCUCCUCCGCAGGUGUCGCUAACUCCAGUCGUAUCCGAGACCCCUUCAUACGACAUUGACUACGACAGACCGCCAUCUCGCAAUGGAUCCCUCUAUACCCCAGACACUCCGGACGGCGGCGUGUAUGGUACAGCCAUCCCGGGAUUUCCUAUCCAGGACAGUGAUGCCAGAAGCAUCAGGACGCAGGGUAGUCUAGAAGUGAUACGAAGGAUACGAGGAGAGGGUGAGUUAUCUCGGGACUAUUGGAUGGACGACAAGUUGUGUAAGGAAUGCUACGACUGCAAGAGUGUGUUCACGGCAUGGCGUCGGAAGCACCACUGUCGUAUUUGCGGGCAGGUCUUCUGUUCUCGCUGCGCAUCCAAUGAGGGCAUGGUCCGCGUUUGUAACCUCUGCUUGGAGAAGUGGCCAAGUAUGGCUUCACCCUUCGCCACGCACCAACUCGGUCAAUUCGGUUCCGACUCGUUUUCAUUUUCCCUCGCAAACCAGCCCCAGUCUCCGUUUGCUGCGUCACAGCUGUUUGGACGUACGGAUGAGCCGUUCAAUCUGUUCUCCAUCGCCGAGACUAAAAGGCAUCCUGGCUUCAGUGAUGCCUUUCUAUCGUUCGAACCAGCUACGCCCUUCGACGACUUCCGCGGUGAUAGGACGAUUCGAGAGAAUCCUGUCCCUUUCCGCCGUACCUUCGCGGAAGAGGACAAGGAUAACCUUGCACUGUCGGAGAGGUUCAACAAUGACGACUCUCCAACCGCUCCGGGGGCGAAGACACCCAUCGACUUUCCCGUCACAGUCCCUGUAUCGAUGGAUGGCGCGACGAGCUCGGUGCAGUUCCCGGCUAGUUCUCCGGAUCAUAGCCAUCCGUUUGAGAGCCCAGGAAUGCUCAGGUCGCGAUUCAACUCAUACGCCGACUUCGAUCCUUCGACUCCAUUCAUUCGCAGUAGAGUGCAGAGUCGACUGAACGAGAAUUUCAAUUUCGGCGAACCGGGGUGGCGGAUGAGGCGCGAGAGCACGGCUUAUGCCCAGGAACUCAAUCUCAUCUCCAUGUUCCACCUCCGGAUCAUGCUCAGGCAGCUGCUGACGGCCGAGCAGAUACCCAACGUCGGAGAGUGGGAAGAGACCUUGCUCACGCUCAGCCUACGAAUCGCACGCGAGCUCACGUUUACGGCGCAUCCACAACGCCAGGGUGCGGACAUGGAUGUCCGACGGUACGUGAAGAUCAAGAAGAUUCCGGGUGGUGCACCAAGGGAUUCGGAGUACGUUGAUGGGGCGGUCAUCACGAAAAACGUCGCGCACAAGCAGAUGCUGAGGACGCAGCGUAACCCACGCGUGAUGUUGGUCACAUUUCCGCUCGAGUUUCACAGGGUGGAGGGGCAGUACAUGCACUUCGGUCAGAUUCUACGGCAAGAGAAGGACUACCUCGGCAACCUUGCCACUCGUAUCGCUGCGUUGCGUCCACAUGUCGUAUUGGCGGAGAAAUCUGUCUCGAGGCUCGCGCUCGAUGCACUAGCCAAACAUCGGAUCGCCGUCGCCAGGACCGUCAAACCUUCUGCGGUACAGUUCGUUGCGAGGAUGACGCAGGGCGACGUGUUCUCCUCAAUGGACAAGCUCGCCUUGGAACCCCGUCUGGGCCACUGUACCCGCUUCCGCAUUCAGACAUUCGAUCACCCCCUCAUCCCUGGUCGGCGGAAGACAUACAUGCGCUUCGAAGGAUUGAAGAAGGUCACUCGUUUCCUCGCGUUCAUAGUGCGCAACCUGAAACUGGAGACGCAUCUGUGGAAGGACUCGACAGCCUACCCCUCGGUGCCCAUAUCCGGCCCUAGCUCGUCCACCCCGCCCCUUACCGGUAUAUCCGAGAACCAUGCCGAGGCACACUCCAACAUGGACGACCUGCCAGACGAGGAGGCGGAGCAGCUACGCCUCUCCAAACGGAUCGAGGAGUCCCUCGAGCCAUAUCGCAGGACGUUCAUAUCGGUGUCUGCGACACUCCGAUUCCCGCCGCCAUACCCCAUACGACGGCUGAAGGAGCUUGACGACGAGCUUUUCCGGGUUAAGCGAGAAUGGGAGGACGAGAUCGUCCACAGGGAGGAGACAGCUACGUCAGAGCAUAGGCAGGAAGAGACGAUCACGCAUGGCCAAGAGGCAACUAUCACCGCGGGACGGGCAGAAACUCCAGAUCCAAACGACAUCGCGGCGCAGAUCGAGUCGCUGCACAUGCCAGACAUCCUUACAACCCCCACUGUUGCAAAUUUGCCCAGAGACGGUCCUGGCUAUUUCGACCUGACUCCGACAGUCUCACAAGUCGUCGCAGCUUCUCCAGUCCCUCUGACCCCUGCCGAAGAAGCCCCGACACAACUGAAAACGGUUGAGGACAUACGGCUUGAGAGCCGUCUCAGCUAUGUGAAGUGGCAACACGCUGAACAGCGACGGAUCUGGGAAUGGUACCUUCGGAAGAACAAUGACGAUUUCAAUGUGGAGAAAUAUCAGUGCAUCAGCUUGUGGGAGGCUACGAUGCCGACCACUGAGCUUGGUUUGCAUAGGGCGUGCUUCCCUCCGAAGCUCAGAUACAUCACCUUCUAUGGGGAAAACGACUGCACUUUGGGUCAGUUCAUAGAGAAGACCGUCAUGGACACCCUCGUUCUGUUUCUGGACCCGAAGGCGAUCUGCGACAACAAGAGCUGUAAUGAGCCCUUGGCCCGUCACGGCAGGGUGUACGUCCACAACGAGACGCGACUUCUCGUCGUGGUCGAGCAAUGGGAUGGACAAAUCGUUAAUCGCACGUCUGCUAACGACGGCAUCAUCACCUGGAGUGUUUGCCGGCUAUGUCGAUUGGCUACGCCCUUCAUCCCCGUAUCUCCAGAGAUGCAGAGGUACUCGUUUGCGAAGUUCUUGGAGCUCCACUUCUACCCAGCAGACGUCCAGCUUGUCCAAGGAGCAGGGUGCCAGCACAACAUCUACCAGCAUCACAUCCGAUACUUUGCGAUCCGCGGCAUGACUGUACGAUUCCAGGCGGACCCAAUCACUUUGCACGAGAUCGUCUACCCUCCCAUGCGCAUCCGCGUUCGCCCUGAAACCCAGCUGGAGAUCAGGAACACUGAUUUUGAGCGCCUUAAUCGUCGCAAUGAACUCUGGUACACCGCUUUGAUCGACGACCUCAAGCUCAUCAACAUCGAUGCCGCCACAGGGGACGAGGAAGCAGACGCAAGACUAACCGCGGAGGUCAACAUCCUGAUCAGCAAAGCAGAAUGGGAGAAGCAGGACAUUGCCAGGCUGAUCAACAGGAUCUACCGUGAGACGCCUCCAACAGAUACUCUUGCGUUGAACCAAGUUCGAGCAUAUCGCCAAGACAAGAUUGUUGCAUGGCAGCAAGACUUCGACAAGCUCCCGAAGCCGAGGCUGACGCAGCCUCUCGAUCGUGGCAGCCGGAAAGCGUCGGCCUUCGGGUCUGUCAGAGGGUUCUUUCCUGGGCCACGGAAGCCUGGGUACUAUGGACAUUACGGGUCACUGGAAAAGGACCACAACGUCUCUGAAGCGGAAGACAAUACACCUAUCACCAUCAGACGAGCUACCGGCGACUCUUUCACGUCUACGUCGUCAGCGUCAGAUGCGUCAGAGUCUGAGACACUCCCCGAGAAGGCACCAGAAGCUACGCCAGUGCCUCAGAAGAUACCAAAUCUUGUGGUGGAUGAGCAAGCCGUUGUGACUGUCGUACUGCCUAGUCCGAAAUCGGGUGGUGAAAGUGACUCUACUAUAGGUGCUGAUAGAGGGGAGGUGUGUUCGCCGGAUGCCUUAAUGUCUCCGCCUCCUGCGGCUCCGGAUAAGGCGGGUGUCGACCGCUCUUCAUCCCAGUUGUCUCGAUUACCCAGGCGUUCGUUCCAUUAUCCAAAUGUCGCAGAGCUCGUCAAGAAGUACCAGGACUUCCUACCCGCGCAAGGAGUGGAAGAACUGACCAAAACUGCAUUUCCUCCGGCGUCUCUCCAGUCGGACAGCGAACAGGAAGGUCCAAGUGACAUUCCUCCCCGCGUGCGCUCUAAACCUCGCCGACAAGCUCUGAGGACAAAAACCUCCGUGUCCGACUUCGAGUCAGGUUAUGCUGCCAACAUUGCUCCGCGGUACCUCACUCACGCAAAGAGGGUACAUGGCGUGACUGGCAGUCGUAUCCCGGGACCUCUGGUGUCGUCUUUUGAUUCCCGCGUUGCGUCGAGACAGACAUCGCCCGACAAGCGAUCCGCUAGCGCACGUCAUGAUGCACAUACCAAGGCAACGAAACCCUCACCUCCGCUAUCUCGUUCUGGUUCCAUUGUCGUCAGCGGGAAGAAGAAAGGAAAGGCCGCAGUUCGUGGUCUCGGUACAGAGAAGAUGACAUCGUCUCGUCCGACCUCUAACUCGGGACCGAAGAACACAUUCAGAAGACAGGCAGGAGCCGGGAGUAAAGUCUCCAAUAUAGCCAAACAUUUCGAACGUAUGAAUCGAGACAAUGAACGCUCGACCCGCCGAUAUGCCGUCAUUCGGGGACGACGCCCUCGUCCAGUGGCAUCUGCUCGAGCCAGGGUCGAGGUCUUGGACAGUAUCAAAGACGCCAUACGAGACGAGGCUGAUAGUUCAGACUCAAGUGAAGCAGAUGACGAAGGUGAAGGAGAGGAGGAACCAGAACAAACGAAGCGUGUUGAAUCGCCGGUGCCUGACACAACUACAGAGACAGAGGAGACCGGACAAGCAGAGCCCGACAACGCAAGUAUCUCGAGUACAUUGCCGGAUGAGUCCAAGCAGGAAGAACAGGUGCCUGUACCCUCCGUCCAGGUUUCUGACCAGCUUGCCCCUUCCGUCUCGAGCUCGCCGGUACUGGCGGCAAUGACACAUGGACCCGCUCCCCCGACAUCACCUGCACCUGAGCUUGAAGUGGGGCCUAGCGGCACUGAGCGACACUCCAUACUAAAGCAGCCGGACGGGGAAGAUCCGAUGUCUGAUCCCGAACAUAUCUUCCGAAACUCCUCUAUGGUAGUUAGGACGGAUGAACCAACGUCAAUCAUCGCGUUGGCCUUGAAUUCUCCUCAGUAUCGUGACAUGUUGGCGAGGUCCAGAGCGGAGAAGCGUCAGACUAAGGAGCCCAAGUUGACCGAUGGUGGCGAAGCCUUCAUGCCCGAUGAUAGAUCAGUAGCCGAGUCAACGUCUACAUGGGGAGUGGUCAAUGUGGACAGUUCAGACGACUGGGACCCUACACAGGAUUUGCGAGUUCCAUCCUCGAAGCAGCCUUGGGCUAUCUCAUUCGAAAGUGGCGGGCUGACCAUCAGCUGCACUGUCCUGUUCCCCGAGCAAUUUGAUGCGCUCCGUCGUACAUACGAUUGUGAACGCAGCAUGAUCGAGUCGCUGGCAAGGUGUGUUAAAUGGGAUGCAAGUGGCGGAAAGUCGGGAUCAGUAUUCUUGAAGACCCUCGAUGACCGAUUCAUAGCGAAGGGGCUGUCGCGGCCUGAGCUUCAGGCAAUGGAGACUUUCGCGCCUGCUUACUUCGAUUACAUGUCAUCUGCGGUCGUGGCGGAUCGACCAACACUACUUGCCAAGAUCUUUGGUUGCUUCAAGAUCACCUUCCGUAAGACCCAUAGCCACGAAGGCCCCAGUAAAGCCAAAGUGACUCAGAUGAACCUAAUGGUCAUGGAGAACCUGUUCUACGAUCGCCGUUUCUCGAAGAUCUACGACCUGAAAGGUUCCACUCGCAACCGCCAUGUCCAAUCCACUGGGCGAGAAAACGAGGUAUUGCUGGAUGAAAAUCUGGUAGAGACUGCUCAUUUGUCCCCGUUCUACUUGCGUGAACACUCCAAGCGGAUCCUCCGAGGCUCUCUGUAUAACGAUAGCAAGUUUCUUGCCGACAUCAACGUCAUGGACUACUCUCUAGUUGUCGGUGUUGAUAGCGUCAAUAACGAACUUGUGGUCGGGAUCGUCGAUUAUGUUCGCACGUACACUUGGGACAAGAAACUGGAGAGCUGGGUCAAGGAUUCUGCAUUCCUCGGAGGAGGAACCAAGGGUGAACCUACUAUCAUUGGCCCGAAGCAGUACAGACAGCGCUUCCUCAGCGCAAUGGAGCGGUACUUCCCCUUGGUACCGGAUAGGUGGAUGAAGCAACACGACUCCCCUGAGGAAGAAGGGAACUCUCUUCUUGACUUAUGGCCAGAUUGGUGA